UCUGAUGUGUGAUGUGUACUUUAGACUAUAUAUAAAAAGAUCUGAAUCUUUUUUCUUUUCAGUAUAAAUCCUUUUUAAAUUUUACUUUGCAUUCCUGUCCACUCCAAAUGCCUAGCGCUUAUGCUUGAGAAAUCGUGGCUUUUGUUGGUUGGAUAUCGCACAUUUUUUCAGCAAAACACGUACAGAGUGAGAGACCGAAACUCAAUAUUUGCUCGUUUAAAGGGAUUUGUUACAUCAGCCAGAUUUUGUUGUGUCGGUGUAAAAGAUAUGAAGAAGAGAAGCUGGAAGCAGCCCGAUGGAAACAGUGAACUCCAAAUACACAACAGUUUAACAAAGGAAAAGAAUGAUUUUAUCCCAGAGAAAGGCCGCCUAGUAAAAUGGUAUUGUUGUGGUCCAACGGUAUAUGAUGCGUCACACAUGGGACAUGCAAGGGCUUAUAUUUCAUUUGAUAUAUUGAGAAGGGUCUUUCAAGAUUAUUUCAAAUAUGAUGUAUUUUAUGUGAUGAAUAUUACUGAUAUAGAUGAUAAGAUUAUUUUCAGAGCCAGAAGGAAUUAUUUAAUGAAAGAAUAUAAGACAAAAAAUCAUUCUAUUGGACAAAUAUUAUCAGAUAUUGAUAAAUCUAUGCAGAAAUAUGGGGAAAAACUUGUUGCAACUACAGAUAUAGACAAAAGAAAUAUGAUGGAAAAGAUUAUUAGAGAUGUUGAUGAGAUUAAAAAAGUUUUAAUAGCCAAUGACCUCUCCAGUGGAAAUAAUCUGGCAAAUGAAAUUUUGGACAAGGCAUUUGAUCCAUUCUCAGCUUGGUUGGAUAAACAGUUUGGCUCAGGCAUAACAGAUCAUCAAAUAUUUGCAGAACUCCCCCGACACUGGGAAAACGAGUUUCACAAAGAUAUGGAAGCUCUAAACAUACUUCCUGCAGAUUGCCUCACGAGAGUUAGUCAAUAUGUUCCUGAAAUCGUUACGUAUAUACAACGGAUUAUAGAUAAUGGUUAUGGGUAUGAAGCCGGGGGUUCGGUAUAUUUCGACACUGUGAAAUUCGCCUCGAGUGAUCAGCACGAGUAUGCUCGGCUGGUGCCGGAAGCUGUCGGAGAUUUGGACGCGCUUGCCGAAGGCGAGGGGGAACUAAGUCAGAAUGAUUUCGGAAAGAAAUCUAAUCGAGAUUUUGCUCUGUGGAAAGCUAGCAAACCAGGGGAACCGGAAUGGCCUUCACCCUGGGGGAAGGGUCGUCCUGGUUGGCAUAUAGAAUGCUCUGUUAUGGCAAGCGAUGUUCUGGAUUGUCCUAUAGACAUUCACACCGGAGGAGUUGACUUGAAAUUCCCUCAUCACGAUAAUGAACUCGCUCAAGCCGAGGCUCAUUACAAAUGCGACCAAUGGAUCAAUUAUUUUCUUCACGCUGGCCACCUGACUAUCGAGGGAUGCAAGAUGUCAAAAUCUUUGAAAAACUUUGUUACUAUUAAGGAUGCACUUGCUAAGAAUUCUGGCCGCCAAAUACGUUUGGCUUUUCUUCUCCAUUCGUGGUAUUCGACUUUGGACUAUAGUGAAAACGUCUUAAAGGAGGCCGUUCAAGUUGAAAAAACAUUCAAUGAUUUCUUCCUUGCUGUGAAAGACAUUCUUCGUAAACCCGAGGUAGUGUCUGCCACUCGUCAUAAUUAUCAUGGCGCUGAAAAGGAUCUUGAGAGAAGUUUUCAUGAGAAAAAAUGCGACGUUCAUUCAGCGUUGUGUGAUUCAAUCGACACUCCAACAGCUCUCGCUCAAAUGCAGUCUCUUGUGAAACUGACAAAUAUUUACAUCGCUUCAAAGAAACAGGCGAACGAGUCCCCGAAUCACCAAUUGUUGGAAAAUAUCGCCAAAUAUAUAACAGACAUGCUUCGAGUUUUUGGCGCGAACGAGGGCUCCCAGGCGAUUGGUUUCCAGACCUCUGGUUCCUCGACCGAGGCAAACCGCGAGGACAUCGCUCUGCCGUAUGUGCAGCUCCUGGCGGACUUCCGCGAGCAGGUCCGAAAUAUCGCGAGGCAGGAAAAAGUUGGGGAAAUAUUGAAGCUGUGCGACCGAUUAAGAGACGAAGAUUUGCCGAACCUUGGCGUUAAACUCGAAGAUCAAGAAGAAAGCCAGUCAUCGGUGAUAAAGUUUGUCGACGCUGAAACUUUAAGAAAAGAGCGGCAACAGCAGUUGGAGGAGAUUGAAAGAAAAAAACGGGAGAAAGAGGAAAUCAAAAGGCGACAGGAAGAAGAGAAGGCCGCCAAGUUGGCCAAGGCGCAGUUACCACCGUCAGAAAUGUUCAAACACGAAACUGAUAAAUAUUCAGCCUUCGAUGCACAGGGCAUUCCCACCCACGAUGUCACAGGAGAACCAAUCAGCGCUAAGCAAGUAAAGAAAUUAAAAAAGCUUUAUCAACAGCAGGAGAAACUUUAUAAUGACCUAGGGCCUGGAGCUAAUAAACAAUAA